CUAUGGUCUUACAAUUUUACCGUUUGCAACACCGGCGUCACAAAAAUCUUUCUUUUUCUUUUCGGCUAACCUGUCAUUACUGAACGUUGAGGCGGGUUUUAAAUCCUAGCCAUGGUGCGUAUGAAUGUAUUGAGUGAUGCCUUGAAAUCAAUUCACAAUGCCGAGCGAAGAGGCAAACGGCAAGUGCUCAUUCGGCCCUGCUCCAAAGUUAUUGUUAAAUUCCUCACUGUGAUGAUGAAGCACGGAUACAUCGGUGAAUUUGAAAUUGUCGAUGAUCACAGGGCUGGAAAAAUAGUAGUCAAUCUCACUGGCAGAUUAAACAAAUGUGGAGUAAUAUCACCGCGUUUUGAUGUACCUAUCAACGAUAUAGAAAGGUGGACUAACCUCCUUCCAUCCCGGCAGUUCGGAUACCUCGUCCUUACUACUAGUGGUGGUAUAAUGGACCAUGAAGAAGCCAGAAGGAAACAUCUGGGAGGAAAGAUCCUAGGCUUCUUUUUCUAAGUCCAGCACUAAGCCAAGGCGACAAGGAAUUGAUCUGAAAAUGGACCAUUUCAUGAAUAUGUUGAAAAAAAAAACUACUAUCCACUAACCAUUAAGAUACAACUACCAUUGAGAUUCAUGACAUUGAGUAUGUUCUUCUUGUAUAUUUCUCUUUGUAUAUUGACUAAAUUUUGAAUACUGAAUUAAAAAGAAACAGCAACCUAUGCAUACAUCUAGACUACCUGUGUAAAAUUUUAUCUUUAAAAUACAUUCAUUCAACCAAUGUAUCACAUUUGUAAAAACUAAGAUAAUAAAAAGUAAGAUUUACUAUCUUAAUUUUUUA